AUGGCUAAAAAAACUACUGCCACGGCAGCAGCUUUAGUCGGCAUUCUCGCUGCCAGACGACAAGUCUCAGGUCACGUCCAUGUUUCCGUGCAGUACGAUGCUACCUACUCUCUGUCAGAGUCUUGCGGUUUGCCCUGCUCUGGAAGCGGAGAGAAGCCGGUUGGUAAUGCCUGUCCCAAAGCUGGUGAUAUUGCUACAGCCAACUGUCAACCGCAUCUACCGUCUUACAACGGUGCCAUGUGCGUUGCUCCAGUUGACGCCCAUUGCGUUCUCAUACGUACCAACGUAUGGGGAUGCGCCUUUUCAAGUACGGAGUAUACUGCUACAAGCAAAACUGAAGAUGUUGGAGCGGUCAAUGAAGAGAGCCUUCAAACUAUAAGAAAGACAGUCAUGUCAAGGAUGGUUUAA